AUGGAGUAUCACGCCGUGCCGCUUGAGGAGCGCGCAAGAGAUGAGAAGGGCAACCUUCUUCCCUGGGGCUAUGUUUACAAAGACGAAUCUCGUAAUCCUCGCAGGCCACCGGAGGAAACGGGGCCCUUUGGCAAGCGGAGAAACGCCCGAUAUGAAGCCCGAUCGCGAACCCGCACCGGCACACCGGCAAAGCGCGAGAAUCCUAAUGUGGCUGAAUUCGGCCGACUGUUUGCUCAGCAACAAGAGGAGGAGAAGACUACGGUCGGGUUGCCCAAGUCCUCUUCUUCAGGUAGCCUCGACAACCCCCGGAAACCGACAGAGAAGGUUGCGACGGAGUGUUUCUUGUACGGAUACAAGGCCAAGGAUGCUGAAUGGAAGGUGAUCGAUAAAUACGAACGCAUCUCGCAGGGCUUCAUUUGUGAAGAUUACCCACGGAGUGACCCCAACUCUGCGGCUCAGUACGCACAGCUUCUUAGCGGCGGAGACGUCGUCAUUCGCACCAAUCUCUCCGCCGACGCGAAUCGCAAGUCCAAACGCUACGAUGGUGGUUUUCACUGGAUCAAGGUCACCUUUGAUUCAUCUCAGUCCGCAGAUCGGGCGUGCUUUUACUCGCCACAAGAGAUCGAUGGCCACCUUGUCUUCUGCGAGCUAUAUCACGGCCACGGUCCUGCCAACGACGCUCCUAUCCCAGCAGACUCGUCGGCCGCGGAUCGACUUCGCAACAAAGCUCCGCGCACCUUAACCUCUACACAUUCCUCCGCCUUUCUGUCCAGCAAGGACAGCCAAGGCUCGCUCACCCUGCCGCGGUCUUUCGCGAUGAACAACCUCUCCAGUGUGCCCGACAUGACCUGGCCUGAAGAAGAGCGGUCCCCCAAUUCAUCAAUAGCGACCACCACAACAACCGCGGGCACGAUCACAACCACAUCGGGUACAGCUACAUCCGGCACGGCCACGGCGACUGGGAUCUCGACCAGCUUCGGCGCCUCCACGACCGUCCAGCAGCGUCAUCCGUCCGCGCCCGAGGUUAAGCCCGAGUCCGAAUUCAUGACGCACAUCCCCAACGUUCGCCGCACAAAGCUGCGACCCUUGACCGAAGCCCUCCCACCCCAACCUACCGUGACCGAGCGCGUACUGCGCUCAAUCCCUAUACUGAGCUGGUUCACCGGAGAUAUCGUGGGCGAUGGUCCGCAGCUGCGCGAGGACGGCACCUUCGACUAUGACAAGUCGGGCGCCUACUGGAGGUUUUGGUAUAUGGUGGACAAAAUUCUGGGCACGGACAUCUGUGGACUGAAAGAAGAGUCGUGA